AAUUAUAAAUAAUUACGAUUUUCUCGUUGAUAAAAUCUAUUAUUGCAGAUAGGAAGGAUUAUGUCAAACGCAUCUAAUUUACAGAAUUUGCUUCAAGUGUUAUCAUUUGUUGUACCUUGUCUAGUUGUCACUUUAAAAUAUACUACAUUCUGUAUAAAAGCUCAAGAUAUAAAACAGCUAACAGAACUAACAAAAUAUCAUUGGGAGUUAAUACAGUGCAAAGAGGAGUUAAAAAUUUUAAAGAGAUAUUACACCAUCGGAAAAUGGAUGACCUUUGUAGUAGUAGUAGGGCUCAUUUUCAGUGUAUGUCUGUUUUUAUUUGUACAACUAUUACCCAAACUCCUUGAUGCAGUGAUACCCUUGAACGAAUCACGUCCGCUUAAACUUUUGGGUUUAGCCACGCUUUUGUUCGAUCAAGACGAACACUUUGUUCUAAUAUUCGUACAUAUGGCGGUAGCACUUUCUGUAGAAGCAACUACGAUAGCGGCUACAGAAACUAUGGGUUUAGUAUACCUACAACAUAUGAAUGGAUUAUUCAGAAUUACCAGCUUACGUUUAAAACAUGCGUUUGAUUGCAAAAUGCAAAUAUCUAUUUCGAAGAAACAUCAAAUAUAUUACACAAAUAUAAUCAACGCAAUAAUCAUUCACAAUAGAGCUCUGGAGUUUUUUUAUUGUUUUAAUUCCUGCUUCGAAACGUCGUACUUUCUCUUGCUUGUAUUUGGCACGUCUUCUUUAAGUAUCAACUUGUUUCGCCUUGUUCAAGCAGGAUUCAAGAAAGAGUUUGAAGAGCAAUUUGUGGUUGGAGUACUUGUCGCCAUACAUUUUAUUUACAUAUUCUUGAAUAAUUUAUUGGCGCAGGUGGCAACAAAUCAUAGUGCUGACAUAUUUUACAAAACAUGCGAGUUGCCUUGGUAUUCAGUCCCUAUUCCACUACAAAAACUGCUACAAUUUAUAAUACAAAGAAGUGUAAAAAGUUGUAAAUUUACUUUGCAUACCGUAUUCGUCGCAUCACUUGAAUUUUUUGCUACGGUCGUGAGCUGCUCUUUGUCUUAUUUCACAGUUUUUUUGUCGUUACAAUAUUGAAAAACAGAAUUCCCAUAAAUACCGCAGACAAAAAUUUCAUUCAAAAUCACUUUGUGCUGGUAGAUUAUCAAAAUAUGAAACCACAUACAACGACAAAUUAUUAUUCACUGCAACAAUGAUCGAACCAGUGUCUUAAGAUUAAUUGUAGCAUACCACACAUAUUGCAUGCCAGAAUAUAUAAUAUAUAAAUAUUAAUUUAAUAGUUUUAAUUGUAAAACUGUUCUCCUGUUUCUACCUUCUAGAAUUCAAAGACGUGAUAUUUAAGAUAAAUUUAUGAUAGUUUAUUCAGGUUGAAAACAAUGGUAAGUCUUGACUCAUCCGUGCGUAUAUAAGAGAAUAUACUGAACAUGGAUAUACACAUGUAUAUUACACGAAAAAUGAGAUACUGAAAAUAAAGUACGGAAGAAGAAAAUUUCUACAAGCAGCAAUUUUACAUUCACAAUAAAUGU